GGCACGGAGAGGGGUGCAUAAAUCCCUGCCUUCCUGCUCGCCGGUCCGCAGGGAGCCGCGGCGAUGGAGGCGGCGGGCGGGCGGGCACUGCCAUGUCUGCUGGCCGCCGUGGGGCUGCUCUCGGCGCUCAGCGCAGCCGGGACGCUCUUCUUGCUGGCACAGUGGCGGGAGCUGGGCGCGGCGCUGCGGGAGCUAGAGGCGGCGCGACCCGCAACGGCCAACGGCUCCAUCCGGAGCCUGCCGGGUGCCACCGGCGCCGGCCAGCAGCCCCUCGCCGCCCGCAGCAAGCGGAGCCGCCGCGGGGAGCGCGCCCGUGGGCACAUCCGCGCCGAGAACGAGGAUCUGCUGAUGCUGAUGACCUACUCCAUGGUGCCGGUCCGAGCAAUGGUGGAUUUAUGUAACAGCACAAAAGGGAUAUGCCUAACAGGCCCUCCAGGUCCCCCAGGGCCUCCUGGGCUUGAUGGAAUACCUGGCUACAAUGGAUCAGAUGGAAUUCCAGGCAUACCAGGACAGAAAGGAGAACCAGGAAUAAAUGGAAAAAGAGGAAAAAUAGGCAUGCCAGGACCAAAAGGUGAUCAAGGACAGAAAGGAGAACCUGGAGAAAUGGGCUUACCUGGCAAGGAUGGUAUUCCAGGAGGAAAAGGUGCAAGAGGACCAAAGGGUGAAAAGGGUGAUGCAAAUGAUGUCGUAUUAGAAGGUGCAAAAGGUGAACCUGGACUGCCAGGGCCCCCUGGACCACCUGGACCCCCAGGGCCUCCAGGAAAACAUAAAGGCAAAGGUAAAGUGCAGCUUCCGGAGAACAUAUACAGCAGCAAAUGCACAGGCGAGACAUGUGCUGUACCAAAUGAUGACACUCUGGCUGGAAAAGCUGAAGACAGAACUCCUGGUCCUUCAAAAAAAGCUGCAUGUGUCAUAACAUCUGUAGGAAGUCCUGUUCACUUUGUCAGUGUACAGCAGACGUUUGGAACUUGGAUGAAGGAGCCUGCAAAUAUAAGUGAUGAGAGAAUUUGGCUUACCAUGCACUUCUCAGGAAACUUUAUAAAAGAAUAUGAGAAUUCCAAUGCCUUGCUGAAUGACAGCUACAGGAUCAUUAACAUCACAGGAUUCUUUUAUGGAUGUGGGCAUGCAGUACAAAACAAUCACCUCUACUACCAAAAGGGAGGAACCAAUGUCAUUCUGAAACUUGGCCUCGAUAAAACGUCGCUGGGCACACUGCUAAUUGAAAAUGCCUUGUAUCAUGGCCGCAACUACCUCUUCUCUAACUCGAAGACCUAUUUCAAUGUAGCAGUGGAUGAGAAAGGUCUCUGGAUUAUAUAUGCCUCAAGCACUGAUGAAACUAUAAUAGUAGCACAUAUUGAUGAAGAAACAUUUUCAGUUAUUCGGCAUAUCAAUACUACGUAUCCCAAGUCCAAGGCUGGUAACGCAUUCAUAGCCUGUGGCAUUAUGUAUGUAACUGAUACAAGGGAUAUGACAGUAAGUUUUGCUUUUGAUUUACUGAAAGAGAAGCAGAUUGAUGCAAGGUUUGAGUUACGGUCUUCACAAUCUGUUCUUGCUAUGCUUUCAUACAGUCUAAGAGAUAAGAAUUUGUAUACGUGGGAGAAUGGGAGCUUGAUGAUAUACCCUGUACAUUUUGGCAGAUGAAUGUAUUCCAAAACAUCAUAUAGGGGAGCCAUCUUCAACUGAAGAGAUUAUUUAAAGCUCUCUAACAUACAUAUGGGGGGUCUCUUGGCAGGAUUUUCUGUUCACUGAUGGUGGUGCUUACGAGGAAGAUCGGGCACCUUUGUAUAAAUACACAUCCAAUUAUCUAUGCCAUUCUCAUCCUAAAAGAGCUGUUCUGUAUUACAGCUUACAAGCAGCAUAGACUUGCUUUUGUUUUCCCCUUGUUACUCAUCUGAUAAUUAUAUCUAAUGUACACUGAUUAUUCCAUGGUCACGUGCUCAGCAGAGGCUAUUUAUAACUUUCAGUUGCAAUCAUCUUAACUGCAAUCAUUUUCUAGGCAGUGAUUGUGGUUUAGUACAAAUGUCUAUCUGUGUACAGAUACCUUUGUCACUCACUUAAUACUUGCCACUGAUUCUCUGUGAACAGUUGUGGGGUUUUUUUGAUAGACAGGCAGCUGUUAAAAAUAAUACGGAUGGGAAGUUAUUUAAAUAGACAAAAAGCAGAGAGCUUCAGAUUUGACAAGUCUGGUGAACUGUUACAUAAUCAAAAGCAAAAUCCAACCCAGGUACAAGGACAAUGGGAAUACUGACAUUGAUAAAUAUUGAAUGUACAUGAAAUUUGGUUUAGUAAAUGGAGUGUGGGAAGAAAAGUAAUGAGGUAUAAAAUUGAAGAUUUAAAUUUAAUGAUUAAAAUUCCCUUUCUAACUGU